CAGGAUCAUAAUGUGAUCUUUGACCUUUAUGACAUUCACCUCUGACCCUUCGAUAGGACAAAGACAGUCUGCUCGAGAGCGAGACAUUGCGACGCGGUGUACUUGAGGAGAAAAAUCACAAGGAAGCAGGUUGUGACAUCCCGCCCCUGAAACCAGAGAGAAGCUAGCUUCUGAUUUGGCACCGUUUCCAUUCACAGGACAGACAUGGAUGAUUCUAGCGGUGAACAUUCUUUUGGAGAACUGUGUGAUGGACAUUCUGGGAAGGAGACUGAUCAUAGUGUACACCUUAAGAAGGAGGGUGACAACGGAAAUUUUCAUCAACCUGACAAUUCCACCUCAAAGGUACAGGACAGCAAAGACAAUGUGGAAAGGCGUGUGGUUAAACAUACUGACGGGAAACCGUACAUGUGUGGGGAGUGCGGGUACAGGGCAGCUUACAAGUCUUACUUAUUGGUACAUUUGAGAACUCAUACAGGAGAAAGACCUUACAAGUGUGACCAGUGUGACUAUUCUGCCAUACAGAAAUGUGAUUUGGACAAACAUCUAGCCAUACACACUGGUGUGAAGCCAUACACCUGUGGGGAGUGUGGGUACAGUACAUCCAAUAAGUCUUACUUAUCAGUACAUAUGAGAACACACACAGGAGAUAAACCCUUUAACUGUGACCACUGUGACUUUUCUGCAUCACACAAAUUUACUUUAGAAAAUCACAGAGCAAAACACACUGGUGAGAAACCCUUCAUGUGUGGGGAGUGUGGAUACCGGUCAACUCCAAGGGCCAACUUAGUUAGACACAUGAAAAUGCACACAGGAGAAAAAUCCUUCAAGUGUGACCAGUGUGACUUUUCUGCAACACAGAAAUCGAAUUUGGUCCAACAUAUGACAAAGCACACCGGUGAGAAACCCUUCAUGUGUGGAGAAUGUGGGUACAGAGCAGCACAGAAGUCUACCUUAUCCACACAUAUGAGAAUACAUACUGGAGAAAAACCGUAUAAGUGUGACCAGUGUGACUAUUCUGCAAUACAGAAAUUUUCUUUGGAUCAACAUCUAGCAAAACACACGGGAGAGAAACCCUUCAUGUGCAGAGAGUGCAAAUAUAAGACAGCAUCGAAAUGUGACUUAGCCAAACAUAUGAGAAUCCAUACAGGUGACAAACCCUUUAAAUGGUGAUCAGUGCGACUAUUCUGCAUCAGUGAAAUCAAAUCUACGCCGUCAUCUAGCAAAACACACAGGGAACAAACCUUACAUGUGUGGGGAUUGUGGGUAUAGGACAGCAAGAAAGUAUAACUUAUCCCUACAUAUGAGAACCCAUACAGGAGAAAAACCUGAUAGGUGUAAUAUGUGUAACUACUCUGCAGCUAAGAAAGCUCAACUGUCUUUACAUUUGAGAAAACAUACAAAAGAAACUAAUCCUACAGGUACUUUAGAUGUACAGCAUACAGCGUUCUCCUCUUGAAAAAUAAAAAGUCAUUUUGAAGAAGAUUUUUAUCUGGAUAAGGAGUGACCAUGUUUGCUGUAGCCUUGUAGUACUAUGUCUCUUUGUCCGAUAGGGACUUCAUCUGUAGUUGAGAAUUCUACAGACAGAAAGACUGCUCAGUAUUAUGUCAUGCGCCAAAGGUAUACUUAUAAUAAUAAGUUUAU